AUGCAUCCGUCGUCGAGCUACUACCUGUCAUCCUCUUCGUCGUCGUCGUCUUCGGCGGUGGCGGCGUCGGUGCCUGGUGGGCCGAGCGGGAAUGCGGGGAUGGACGUGGACCAGCUGCCGGUGUACGACCCGCACUCGGACACGGCCAAGAAAGAGGCCCUCGACGCCUCCCGCGCCAACCUCGCCCACGCCCUCGUCCACCUCGUCCCCGUCGUCGUCCUCCUCUGCGGGCUCCUCCUCUGGUCGCUCUCCACCACCCCCGUCCCCCCCGCCGAGGUGGGCGUGAUUGUGCUAAAGAAGGAAAGACCAAUGGCGCUGAAGAGUGGGCCCGAGCACAGCUCGAACGGCCCUCACAUGGUGGCUGCGAUGGAGGAUACGGAUCCGGUAGGCAACACUGCUGGGAGAAGAAUAAAGAAGGACGGACUUAAGAAAUGAAAUGUAGAGAUAUGGUCCCUGUUGUUUUUUCUUAGUAAAAGAGCAAAUUAGUUGCAUGUGUACCCAUUUUGAAAGAAAAAAACGACCGACGACGUAUGAAAACAGAUUUUUUUCCUAAUCAUUAGAGAUUUGA